AUGCCAAUUCAAGAAGAUUACACUGCAAAUCUUGAAAAUGAAGAUUUUGGCUUUCUUGACAAUGCCGCCCUAAAUGGUUUCGAACAUGAAACUAGCAGCUUUAAGGCUGAAACCUCGGAAGCUCCGAAAAAUAUUGACGUCUCAAAUGUAGGUUUUUCUAUGGAGAGAAAGAACAAGUCCAAGAAGCCUGAUGGCCUGCCCUCCAAGAAUCUAAUGGCCGAAAGAAGGCGAAGGAAGCGACUAAACGACCGUCUUUCCAUGCUUCGAUCAAUUGUCCCCAAGAUAAGCAAGAUGGACAGAACAUCAAUUCUUGGAGAUACAAUAGAUUACAUGAAAGAGCUCCUUGAUAAAAUCAAUAAGCUGAGGGAAGAGGAAAUAGAUGAGAAUAUGAAUCAGAUGAACUUGAAGGAGAUAAAGCCAAGUGAUGAUCAAGUACUAGUGAGGAACCCUUCAAAGUUCGAUGUAGAAAGGAAAGACCAAGAUACUCGUAUCGAUAUGUUUUGUACAUCAAAGCCGGGAUUAUUAUUAUCAACUCUUAGCACACUCGAAGGAUUAGGCCUCGAUAUUCAACAAUGUGUCAUCAGCUGUUUCAAUGAUUUCUCAUUGCAAGCUUCCUGUUAUGAGGCAAUCGAGCAUCGUUCAGUCAUGAGUUGUGAAGAUGUAAAGCAAGAAUUGUUUAGAAAUGCUGGCUAUGGAGGAAGGUGA